CGCCUCCGCCAUUCUGACUGGCCUAAUGUUCAGGCUUUCCCUCAGCAUAUGGAAUAAAAUGCUGACCCAAUUAAUCUUGAAUUCCAGCCAGCAUCUGUGACUCCAAGGUGUCUCAACAGCGGGAAAGCCACUAGAAAAACCAAUAAUAUCAUACAGUCCCCUUCCAGACUCUUCCGAUUGCUGGCCUAGCUCUUUUGCUAUCUCCACUGACUGAUGGGGCACUAGGGGCCGUCUUGGCAAGGCCAAGGUGCUCAACAGCCCCCACGGUCAGUCAGCUGCAUCGUGCCACAUAGAUCACCACACAGCGCCAAACUGGAAACCUCCCGGUAGUGCAGACACGUUCCGAAUGGAGCUAAUCCUGUGGAGAGUCUCCUGUCAGCUGCUGAGAUCCCAGGUUACUUCAGAAAAUAAUGCAGACUAUAGGUCAAAUCCAUUUCACGUCUAAUUAGAACAGAUGGCAGGUCUCACCCCAGCAGUGAGUUUGCUCGGAAACCGACGUAUCUUCUACCAAACGCCGCUUCUCCUAACCUGUGCACGCACACUUAGGUACACAGCUCUGUGCACACACGUGUGCACAUGUGCACACGUACUCCACACGCUAACACUUACAUCAGUGCUUUGAAAUUCAUUUUCGUCCUUUAUUCAAAGCUUCCUCCCAACAAUAAAAGGUGACCUUUGGGAGGCUGCACGCACCCGAAUCUAAUCAUUUCUGGGUUUUUCUUAUUGUGAUGCAAGUAUGUGUAAUUUCCAGCGGCCUGAUCCUGUCAUUCUGCCUGAGGUGCGGACUGACUUCGCCCUGCGGUUUUUAAUUGGCAAACAUCACGAUAAUAUUAAGGCUCCCUCAACAAAAACUGGAAAACAGAAGGAAGAAGAUAAAUCUCCCCAAAUGCCCGAUCUUCACACACCACGACGGUGACCAUGUUUGUUCAUUUCCUUCCAGUACAAUUUGGGAGACGGCUUUCUUUCCCUUCACAUUAUUUCGUAAGUGUUUUCCUAGGAUACUAAAUAAUCUUUAUAAUUAUCAUUUUAAUGGCCGCACUGAGUGAACGUACACCAUAAUUUACUUAACCGUUUACCUAUUGUUAGGCAUUUAGUUGUUUCCACUUAUCACUCCUUGGGCUGGAAGGAACAUUUUUAUAUAAGCUAUUAAUUUAAAGCAGCACGCAGAGAUGACUCUCCAUCACUAAUCUAAAAAUACAGGGUUUAUAUAUUUACAACUCACAUUUGAUUAUGCACUUUAAUUUGAGGGUAAUUAAGACAUUUACAUUCCAAACACUCCUCCACACCCCCAGCUCUCCCCGAGCCAGACAGGCUCAAGCGUGCCUCGCCACCUUCACCUCAAGACGACACAGUCCGAUGACUUCCCAAACACAAUUUUCUUAUGAAAAAUAAACUUUAUGAACUCCUGCUGCUUUGGGACCAAGAGAUUAACUCCAAGACCCAGAGCCCAUGCUGCUCAGAGGUGACAUAGCCAAGGCGAGCCAUGGCUGAAAUGCCACUGUGGCCUCAGGAAGACCGCAAGACUCCAGGUGGCCCUCACGGGCCCGAGUCUGUGCUCGGCCCCAGGUUUAUUCCUGGGAACUACCUGCAGGUUCUCCACAUAACCCGCACCCACACGCCUUGCGACAGACAGGCCAAGGAAGUCGCUGAGAGGAGGUCCAGCCGUUGGAUGCUUUCUGAAGUUCAUUGCAGGGCACUCACUUCAGAGGCUCCAGGUUUCCCUGGGCAGGACAGCAGGUCAAUGCCCGGGAUUUAGAGGGAUGCAGGGUGGGGCCCGUGAGCUGUGGGACCCUCGGCGAAUUAGGAAAGAAAAAAAAUAUCUGAAGCCUCAAUUUCUCUAUCUGCAGCUUGAGGAUAGUAAGAGUGCCUCCCCGGGGAGGCCGUCCUGAGGGUCAAGGAGAAAAUCCAAGUGAAGUGCAGAGAACGUUAGCAUUUGUUUAGAAGCAGGAGGACAUGUGGACUGCACGCUGACCUCGCGCCGUGACGGGUGCACACUCAUGCGCUGAAUGAACGAAGGGAUGAUGAAUGAAUACGAUGUGCCAGAACCCUCGAUUUAUGGAAUGUCUUCUCUGGAACACCUGAUGUCCUUUCACGACAAAACCGUUUCCUUAACCAUCACUACCAGCCUGAGCACCGCCCCCCCCCCCCCACCAAUAAACAGAAUCAUGGUCAGUAAGGAAACCGGCAAAUGCGUACUCACGACGUCAGAGAGCGAAGUCGAACCUGCCGCCUGCCUGGCCCUGGAGAUGAGAUACGCCCUGGAUCCCAACCGGCAGAUUAAAAAGCGGAAUAAAGCCCUGCAGGUGCGCUUUAAGGAUAUCUGCGAGGCACAGAAUGAGCAGAGGGACUCACGGCUCGCGGCGGGACACCCCGGCGAGAAGCGGGAGGCGAAGCCCGUGUCCUACAGAGCAGCCUACCGCAAAUACAUGACCGUGCCCGCGCGGAGGGCCAUCCCCAAUGUCACCAAGAGCACAGGCGUGCAGACCUCGCCGGACCUGAAAAAGUGUUACCAGACCUUCCCCCUGGACCGCAAAAAGGGGAAUCUCAAAAGCAUCCCGGCUGCGGAUGCCUUUAAAAGUCAAAACAACGGGUUUGUGGCGGAGAAGCAGGAGGAAGGGGCGGGGGAGGAGGCCCGGCCCUGGGGUGCCGGCCGGGUGCACAAGACGGCGGCCUCGGUUUUCCAUUCCGAUGAACACGUGAAUGAGCUGGACCAGCCUGCCGGGCUCAACUGCGCAGAGCCAGGCGAAAACCCUGAUGCGCCCGGCUGCCGAGAGGAGCCUCUCCAAAACUCCGCUCGGCCUUCCUCCCGGGAGCCCGACCACCAGCUGCACGGCAGAGCGAAGCACGGCAGGGCGACCCCGGACACGGAGGAAGCCGCUCCGCCGGCCCACGGGACGGUGUUCAAAACGGAGGUGGCCGCCGUUUAUGCACCUGCCCCCGGUGCGAAGGCCCUCGAGGCCGCCUUGUCAAACUCUGCCACCGCGAGCGAGUGGCCCCUGUGCCCGGCGGCCGACCAGGAGCGGGGGAGAGCCUCGCGUCUCAACGGGCUCCAGGGACCCGUGGCGGCCCACUCGCCCCCGAUGCAGUGCCUGUCCCCCGAAUGCAGCGGGCGGCCCACGCAGACCCGGGCCCCGCCGGGGGAGGACGGCCAGCCUUGCGCCGCGGCGGCCGCUGCGGGUGGAGAAUCCCGACAAAUCGUGCCUCACACGGAAGUCGUCGACCUGAAAGCACAGCUCCAGGUGAUGGAGGACCUGAUCAGCUCAAGCCAGGAAACCAUCAAAGUGCUCUUGGGGGUCAUUCAGGAGCUGGAGAAAGGAGAGGCCCACCGGGAAGGGCUUUCAUAUCGGACUGGGCAAGACACAGCUAAUUGUGAGACAUGCAGGAACAGUGCAUGUGUUAUCUAUAGUGUGGAGCUGGACUUUAAGCAGCAAGAAGACAAGCUCCAGCCAGUUCUGAGGAAACUCCAUCCUUUUGAGGAAACUCAGGUUGUACCUUCGCCUUACUCUCAGGAGCCCUACUCCGCAACUCCCAAGCAAAAAUCCAAACCCGAAUCUAAAAAGCAUGGAAGAUGGAAACUCUGGUUUCUUUAAAACUCAUGGUGUUUGGAGUCUAAAGGCCGUCUUGAAAACCCACUGGAGUUAAGUAAAUCCUUUUCCAAAACGAAUAGGAUGGAGCGAGCCUUGGCCGGCUCAGCGCUUCCCACUUCCCACCCUGCUUACCAAAAAGGCCUUUUGUACGAACAGAUAAUUAACAGAAGCAAGGUUGUACACGUCACACCUUGCCAGCUGUUGUCUGCAAUUCGUGGACGUGGGAGGUAAACUCUGAAAUGAAGUUUAUGUAGUCAAAGGGGAUAGGUAAAAAAAUUCUGUGCCCCCGCCCCAGAUCGGCAAGUAUUACGUCAUCAGCCUGCGAGACGAUGGGCUGUCACUCUGUACACAGCUAAAACUCAUAAUUAUUUUCAAGCCUUUCUUUCUUUUUUCUUUUUCUUUUUUUUUUUUUUUUUUUUGAUAAUGAGAAGAAAAAGCAAGCCUUAUGUUUGCAAAGGACUUCAUUUUUAUGUUUAAUUUUGCAAAUAAGCAGGGGGCGAGUGCAAUUUUCAGCACAUCAAAUUCCGGAGAAAGCACAAUUUUUUCAAGUGGUCGGAGACCAUAAAUAAUCUCUCAAAUGUGACUAUAUGUAUAUUUGCCUUCAUGUGCUGUAGCGCUAAGCCAAGUGACCACAUCUCAGUGUCAGGUUGACACCUCAAACUUAGCAUUCUGUUCAUCUCCAGACCUGCCACAUGUUUACUGCUCAUUUUCCAAACGGCCAGCAGCCAGGAGUCCCCCAAAGUCAGGACAUGCCUUUAAUCACUGCAGUUGACAGGGUCAGAGCUAUGGGACACUAAGCUUUCUUAGAUCUCAUUUUUAAUCUUUGGGUACCCAAAGGCCAAACGAUAAAUUCUGGCAAGAAUCUGAAAACACACAUAGAGAUACACGGUGGAUAGUACAGUCACCAAUAAAUCACGGGUGUUCUCUGCCACCGGAAAGCGUUUCUGUGGAUCAAUCUCUGAGACACCGUUCGUCACCCAAAGCGCAGCCAGACGUUUUAUACAAUCCGUUACGCUCUGUAACAAGUGUGGAAGACCUGACCAUCUCAAAGAGAAACCGCCUGUUUAGUUUAGCUGCUGCCAACCGACAAACUUAGCGUCGCCUGCAUCGAACCUAUUAGUCAGUUGUACUAAAUGACAUACCUAGGGGAAAGCUGUGAAUCAAAUGUUUUUAGGUAUUUUUUAAAUAAACAGUGACACUGAGAGUCCUCUUUUGAUUACACAUUGCAAUACAGAUCUUAGUUCCUUUAUUUUUUCACUCAUUACUUUGCACCUUUGCAAGUAUCUUUUUUAUAGAGAUCAAAAGCCCCUGGUCUAGGAAUGACUGGUCUAUCAAUUUUCUGCUUUUCACAAGAGGAAGUAGGGAUCUUAUUUUGCCUUUUUUUGUACAACGGAACUUUGGAAUAGUUGUGUGAACGUACAAGAAAACCUAGUCUUCAAGUUUCUGUCCAGAAGUUUCCCAUCCAAUCUAAUGCUGGCAUGCACACCUCAUUGAUUAGAUGCCAAAAACAAAGCGGCGACCCUUGGUAAGAGAUCUCUACCUGCAUUUCUCACGGGAGCUGUCUCUUGCUGUGCAUUUUCCUCCUGAUUCAACAGCAAAUUUAUUUUAGUUCUAAGUGUUUCGAUUCUACAGGGACCUAGUGAUCAGCCAUCAGACCUGGACCGGAUAACAAUGAGGCGUGUGUCACGUAAGCAUUCUUUGGGAUUGCUCACACUAUACUGCGGAGGUAGCCUUUAAAAAAAACACACGCAUCUCUCGUGGAAACAUUAUGUGAGGGUGGAAAUCCUUGAAUACCAGUAAACAGAAUUGAGAAAUAUUUUUGUGCAAGGAAAUGGACAGGCACGUUGAUCCCGUACCAUGAAGGAAGCAUAAUUGUUUCAUGUAGACAAAAAUUAAAAAAAAAAUGUGUUUCAUGUAUUUUAUACUGUUUUUAACUAAAGUUAUAAAAAUGUUUGCAACAAGUUAUACCCCCUUGUGUUUUACGAAUCCCGACUAUCUCGGGGAACUGAAAUAAGGGUGUUAGUGGCUUUCUGACGAGUGUUAUAAAUCCAUCUCAACAAGAGGGCAUCCUAGUAAACAGAAUGGCAUCACUGUUUGAAAGCAGUCUAGACCAAAAAAGAAAAAAAAAAAAAUUAAAAUGUUCAGAGUCAAGAAGGAAACUGAAGAUAAACCCUAUUUAAAAAUAAAACUAUCUUCAGAAGAGAAAUAUUUUCAAAAUCAUUUCAUAAUUUAAUUGCAAUGUGUCACUACCAGAUGCUGAUUCUUCUCUUAGAAAGAGUUAAGUAAAAACUUUGAUACAAAACCAAGGUAAAAAGUACAGUGUUCCCUCAUAUGUAGAUGUACACACGGCAUUACGUAUAGAGAUUAAAUUAUUAUACUUGUCACUAAGUUCUUUAUUAAUUUUUAAAUAAAAAAAAUCAAAGGUAA